AUGAUCGGCGAGUUUCGAGUAUCUCGCGCGGACACCUCAUCAUCGUCCUGCUCAACGGCAUCGAUCUCGAGCGUAUCGUUGAAACCGAAACGAUGCAUUAGCUACAUGACAAUGCAAACACUGUAUGACAUGCGGCUUAGUGAAACGCUCUGCGACGCCUCCAUUGUGCUCCCCGAGAAUGGCUACGAGUUUCGGAUACACCGGGUCAUCGUGGGUUCGUGCAGCGAAUACUUCCGCAUCCUGUUUACGACGUCCGUCCCAAGCGAGAAGUACCACGUGGAGAUUCCUGGUAUUCCCGGAUGCAUAAUGGAGGAGAUCAUACGUUAUGCGUAUCUGCGAGAGUGCGAACUUUCUGAACAGACCGUCUUCGAUGUGUAUGCCGCGGCGGAUUUCCUGUUAAUUAACAGCCUCACAGAGCACUGCUCCGUGUACAUCCUGGAUCGGAUGCGGCUGGACAACUGCGUAACGAUUAUGCAGUUCGGCAGACAACGGGCCUCUAAAAAACUGUACGACUCGGCCAGAAUGUUCAUCUUGCGAAACUUUCCCAAGCUAGCCCAGGCGUCUUCAAGUGAAAAUGAGUUGCUGCGGCUGGAAGUGGACGAUAUUUGCGAGCUGUUGGCCGACGAUUUACUGAAUGUCCGCGAAGAAGACAUCGUGUGGGAGUUUAUACUACGCUGGAUUGAGCUGGACCCAGCUAGGCGAAGCAAAUACAUACAGAGGCUCAUGAAGACUGUCCGAUUUGGACUGUUAAACACAGAGUACUUCCUGGAAAAAAUCAAAGAGAACCAAUACGUCCUGAUGUGCGAGGAUACCAAGCCAAUGGUUAUCGAAGCGUUAACGUUUCUUUACGAUCUUGAAAUGAUCAGCACAAAGGCGAUGAAAGAGAUGAAAACUCCCGCCAUUGCUACGCCUCGGUUGCCGCACGAAGUCAUUUUUACCAUGGGUGGCUGGGGCGAGGGCCAGUCGCAGUCUAUUAUCGAAACGUACGACACACGAGCUGACCGUUGGAUAAAGAUUCCGAAUGAGGAUCCGGGCGGUCCACGGGCUUACUACGGCGCGGCCUACAUUGGUCGGUAUCUAUACUUCAUUGGAGGGUACGAUGGCGUGGAGCAAUUCAACACAUGCCGCCGCUUCGACAUGGUCCAGAAGGACUGGCACGAGAUCGCUCCGAUGCAUUGCCGGCGGUGCUACGUGAGUGUAGUCGCACUAGAUGGCCUGAUCUACGCUAUGGGUGGAUACAAUGGAUCGAAUCGACACAAUUCCGUCGAGCGGUACGAUCCCCGGACCAACCAGUGGACAUUGAUCGCUCCGAUGGGUUCUCUGCGUUCCGACGCCGACGCCUGCACGUUAAACGGCAUGAUCUACAUCUGCGGGGGCUUUAAUGGGCAUGAAUGUCUCAAUACGGCCGAAAUGUAUGAUCCGACCGCGAACACGUGGUCGCCACUUCCGCCCAUGCUGCACCGUCGAUCAGGCGUCUCAUGUGCAACCUUGGGCGAAUCGAUCUACGUCGUCGGUGGUUUUAAUGGGCUGAGCCGAUUGAACAGCUGCGAGCGGUACGAGCCUGUAAUGCGUCGUUGGAUCGCGUGCAAGGAAAUGUACCACCAGCGGAGCAACUUUGGUUUGGAAGUGAUCGACGACAUGCUGUUCGCGAUCGGUGGCUACGAUGGCGUGAGUGCGAUCGCAUAUGUCGAAUGUUACGGUCCGGACACGAACGAAUGGCUCGAGGCGACCGAUCUGAGCAUGAUGCGGUCCGCAUUCCGAGCCGUCACUGUGGCCGGACUGUCAAACGUGCAGGACUACGUGCAUUCCAACAAGGAAAAUCUAAUCAACGAACUGAACGAACACCGGCAGGCGUUGCGUGCCAACACUGGAAUGGGAUCGGCGUCGGUGUCGGGGAGCGAUAUCGAGGAUAAUGAGGAGAUCGAUUAGGCGGAGCUGGUAAACAUCAUUCGGUCAGACAUGUGUCGCAAGGAUGAAAAGGAAGAGGAACACUGGAUUUGUUUGUAAAAUUAUAUUGUUACAAAAGUGGUACAAAUUGUGAGCCGGCGUGGUAGCUCACCGU